AUUUGAUUCAGUGUGAGUGGUUACAUCUCAAUCAUUCUAAGUGUAUUAAUUUUAGUAGGAACUUUAUAGAGGAUUGUUUCUUUUCUAAGGACAUUCUCGCAUCGUAUAUCGCGAUCUGAAAUGAUCGCCCUAACUGUACCAGCAUGGCAGUCCUCGUGCUUUUUGUCACUUGUCACAUUUGCAUUCACCCUCUACAACAGCUUAGCUCCGAACAAUCAGGUGCCAAUACUCACAGACGCUCCAGAGGUGCAGCCCGAGUAUGAUUUCGUGGUCAUCGGGGGUGGCUCUGCUGGGGCGGUUAUGGCCAACCGGUUGUCAGAAUUGGAGGAUGCGACAGUGCUGCUCCUGGAGGCGGGUGGCCAGGAAACGGACUUAUCUCGCGUGCCUCUACUGGUUCCUUUGAAUCAGGUCUCGGACCUUGAUUGGCAGUACCGAACCAAACCAGCCGACGAGAACCACCGCUAUUGCUUGGCAAUGACGAACAACAGCUGUGCUUGGCCACGUGGUAAGGUUGUUGGAGGUUCCAGUGUUCUGAAUUAUAUGCUAUACAUCCGUGGGAAUCGGAACGAUUACGAUCUCUGGGAACGGAUGGGAAACCCCGGAUGGAGUUACAAAGAAAUUCUCAAGUACUUCUUGAAAUCCGAGGACAACUCUAACGAAGACCUUCUUAAAACGCCUUACCACGCCUCCGGUGGUUUGCUCAGCGUCCAAGACAUUCGUUGGACAUCACCCCUCGCUAAAGUCUUCCUGAAAGCUGGGAAGUUCCUCGGCUACAAAACUCGCGACGUAAAUGGAGAGACCCAAGAGGGCUUCACGAUCCAGCAGGGCACAACUCGAAAUGGAUCAAGAUGCAGUACAUCCAGGGCUUUCAUCACGACUGCGCAGACGAGGCAGAAUCUGGACAUCUCAAUGCAUAGCCACGUCACUAAAAUCGGCUUUAAGAGGGAGAAAAAUCCCAGAGCAAGCUCAGUGACCUACAUUAAAAACGGUCAGAAAUACACCGCUAGGGUAAAAAAAGAAGUGAUCGUAUCCAGUGGCGCCAUUGGCUCUCCACAACUCUUAAUGCUGUCUGGAGUUGGACCGAAAAAUCACCUGAGCGCACUUGGCAUAAAACUGAUUAAGGACCUCCCGGUCGGGCAAAAUCUGCAGGAUCAUCUUUGCGUGGGCACGGUUACCUUUCGCGUGGACAAGAACCUAACUUUGACUCCUGCUUUGGCCCAAACCAAAGAGGCUCUUCAUCAGUAUUUGAUAAGCGGGACGGGACCUUUGACAUCCUUGGGAACAUGCGAGGGAGUCGCUUUCGUUAACACAAAAUACGCGAACAAGUCUGAAUCCUGGCCGGACAUUCAGUUACAUUUUCUGUCGUCGAAUAUGUAUUUCGCGAUGGGUAACGCACCUUUUAACCAUCGCCCUGACAUAUUCGACGGGACCGACUUCGAGAAGGUGGAAGACGAGUUGUUCACGAUAUACCCAGUCCUCCUCCGACCCAAGAGCAGGGGGCGAAUCACCCUCCAGAGCAAGGACCCGUUCGUGCAUCCCAUCAUAGAGCCGAAUUACCUGGAGCAUCGCGAGGACCUCGAAGUUCUGGUCGACGGAAUGAAGAUGGCGCUGCAACUGGGGAGGACCCCUCCGUUCCGGACACUCAACGCUCGACCGCUGGCGAUUCCGUUUCCGGGAUGUGAGGAGUUGAAGCUCUUCUCGGACGCGUACCUCGAAUGCUGCAUCCGACACUUCACGAUGACGCUCUACCACCCGACGUCCACCUGUGCGAUGGGCAGGGUAGUCGAUCAUCGGCUCAGGGUCAUCGGGGUCGAAGGGUUGAGGGUCGUCGAUGCGAGUGUCAUGCCGACUGUAGUCAGCGGGAACACCAACGCACCGACUAUUAUGAUCGCGGAGAAGGGAGCAGAUAUGCUCAAAGAAGACUGGGGCUAUUGAGCUUCGAGGCUAAAAACGUUCAAAUAUCUUGGGUGAACCAAUUAGAAAUGCAGUUCUUAGGGAGAUGUCUAGGAAAGGAUGAGAUCGCUGAAUCGUUUUUUAGCAGUGACUUGUAAAGUAAUCAAAAUCCACGACAGCAAGCCGCCUUAUUGAGUACAUGUAGGCAACUUUCUACGUACGUACGUUUGAGUUUUUACGUGGGGAUGAUUUGCGUAAGGAAUUGAAAUGAAGGAGAACUAUGUCAUCGACUUGCAAGAACGGUCAGAGAACUAGCUGCGUGAAACCGUGAGUCUGGAAUCAUACACAGUGAUCGAAACUCACAGGCGCCAACGCGCCAAAUGCGCCUAAAAAAUCAGCAAUGGCGCCUAAAAAAUGAAGGCUCUGCGCCAACGUGGCCCCUAAACAUGGCCCCCUAAAAAUCUGGAUUUUC